AAAAAGCCUUGUGGAUGAGCAGAAGCGGAACGGGGGACCCGAGAAAGAGGAAGAGGUGAUCAGAAUGAAUGGGCAUAUUUCAAACACCCAUCCCAACGUAUACGGAAAUUAUCCUUCUCAAGUCAAUGGAUAUGGAUCACCAACAUUUUCUUCAAGGGACAAGGAUCAGAGUUCAAAGACAAGCGCAAAAGCUUUGUACGAGCAAAGGAAGAAUUAUGCACGAGACAGCAUCAGCAGCAUUUCAGAGAUAACACAAUACCAUGUGGAGCACCUGACCACUUUUGUUCUGGAUCGGAAAGAAGCCAUGAUCACAGUGGAUGAUGGAAUAAGGAAGCUGAAACUCCUGGAUGCCAAAGGCAAAGUCUGGACACAAGACAUGAUUCUUCAAGUCGAUGACAAAGCUGUCAGUCUGGUGGACUUAGAAUCCAAG